GCGUACGGUCUCUCAGACGCUACCGAACGCCGGUACGGUGCGUAUGUUGCGGUUUUAAUCGUUCACUUAAAUUUUUACUGUGACUAUUGAAGAAUAAUCGUUAUCGUUUUAACUUAGUUUCUUUUUUUACAUACGCUCGGAUAGGCAAAUUAUUUUACACGUAGUGAUGAUAAUUAUGGUUCUCAUUCCUUUUGAUUAGAAUAAUCGGUAAUGGCUCGUAAUCGUGAUUACUGAUGAGAUUUUAGAGUUAAAUUUUUAAAUUUACACUAAAAAUAGAGUAUUUACCGCUCUUAUUUUUAUUCAUAAGACGAUAUGGUGUUAAUCAAGACUGCCAUCGUGGCAAUUUUGCUGCUACAAUUAUUACUUCUGAAUGUUGGGAUCGUGAAUAGUUUUGAGACUGACGAUUUAGGAUUCGAACAAGAGCAACUGACGUACAGUGAAAACGAAACAAAUGAUUUAUUCAGUAGAGUAAAACGUGGUAUUGCCGAUUGGUUUUCAUGGGGAGCGCCUAUCAGCACUACGGAAAAUCCAACAACGACUGAAUCAUCAAGCGCUCUUCAUCGAAUAUCAAGAAAUAGUGGAGAAGAGACCGAUGAUACUAAUGAUGUUCUCAUUGACGAGAAGAAGAAUGAUCAGGAUAAUAAUCUUGGUAAUGUAGCUGCGGGUCGAUUACCCAGUGGAUUAUCGUUUGGUAACACUGAUGAUGAAGAUUUAGUAGCUGGAUCUGGUGAGGUUGAAGGCAGUGCAACUGAAGAAUCAAAACCUCACACUACUCAGGAACCAGAAAGUCGACAAGCUCGUUUCCAUCGAGUAACUUUAACAGUAAACGAACCGUACAUACCAGAAUAUGCUGAUACUAACAGUCCAGAUUAUAUUACUUUAAGUGGAAACCUGACGCAAGCGUUGGAAGAAUUGUUGUCUUCGCGGAUUCCUAACUUCGAUCAUCUAGCUAAUGUUGUUAAAAUAUCACCAACGGAAGAUCGAUUUAAUUCCAAAGUCACAAUUGACAUUGGUUCGACUUAUCCAAAUGAACAUGAAAUACGAAGAAUUUUAGAAGACCAAUUACAUUACCACUCGUUAGGCAACAUUCAACUUGAGCCAACAGGUUUCACAUUUAGACAUAUUCAAGAAUGCUCCGACCCUACCAGUUUGAGGUGUCGAGAUGGUUCCUGUGUACCUUUGAAUUAUCGUUGCGAUGGUGUUCCUCAAUGUCCUGAUCAGUCUGAUGAAUUAGACUGUCCGUCAUUUGAGCUUCUUGAAAAUGCCACUCGAAUCCUUUCAACAAAUAAUUGCCGUGGUGACGAUACAGUACGAUGCAGCGAUGGUAGUCGUGACAUUUGUUCUGUUCAAGUAUGCGAUGGAGUACCUGAUUGUGAUGACCAUGGCGAUGAACGGAAUUGUGAUGGUUCUAGCUGUAGUGAAAACGAAUUCAAUUGUGACGUAUCUCGAUGUAUUUUGGACAAAGACCGCUGUAACUUUAUCCAGGAUUGUGAAGAUGGAAGUGACGAACGUGGGUGCAAGUAUCCAGCGUGUAUUCAAAAUGAAUUCAGAUGUAGAAAUGGUCAAUGUAUUAACAGUCGAUAUCGAUGCAAUGGAGCCACUGAGUGCUACGACAAAUCUGAUGAAUUAAAUUGCCCGUGCAAAGAAGAUCAAUUUGAAUGUGCUGCGCUCUAUUGUAUUCCAAAAGAGCGACAAUGUGAUGGUGUAAAUGACUGCUCCAAUGGUCGCGAUGAACUCAACUGCGAAUUUUACACGCCAUCAUAUUGCCUUUCUGGUCAGUUUAAAUGUCACGACGGUCGCUGUAUUAAUGGAUCUCUUCAAUGUGAUGGUCGAAGUGACUGUCCAGAUCGUUCUGAUGAAUUAAAUUGCACUGUAACGACAUGUACCAGUGAUCAGUUCCGUUGCGCAGAUGGCAGCUGUGUGAGUAUCGAUAAACGAUGUAAUAAAAUCAAUGAUUGCAGAAAUGGCGAGGAUGAACAUCAGUGUGGUUGUGGAGCUACCGAGUUUCGUUGCAACGAUGGCCAAUGUAUCGCCUACGAAUUGCAGUGCAAUGGCGUGAAUGAUUGUCGUGAUGGAUCAGACGAAAACGAUCAAUGUGUAAAUAAAAAUGUACCGAAAAAUUUCAAUGAAUGGAUCGAUCAAACAAAUGAGCUUCGAAAUAAUUGGUGUAAAUUUAGGGAAAAUUUAUUUUAUCGCAAUAAAAAAAAUCGACCUACAAAAAAAGUUGGUGAAAAAAAUGAGAUAGUGAUAAAAAUAAUAAGCUAUCCAAAAUUUAUGAUUUCAAUGAACCCACCGAAUCGUCGACAAGUCAAUAAGUAUCUAAAAAAAGAUGAUAAAUUUGACUAUGAAGUUCUUAAUGAAUCUUUAUUGAAUGUAAUUGACAGUAGUAACAGUCCAAGUUAUUUAAAAAAAAUGAAUAAUUAUUCAAUAACAGAUUUAAGGGGAAACAUACUUGUUAAAAAUAAAACAGUCUCGACGCCACAAAUGAAUAAAUUAACACCUGGAUGGCAAUUUCAGCCGAUAAAUUUAAAUUUAAAGUCAAAUAUUUCUAAUCCCGCUUUUUAUAACGACAAUGGGCCAUUAGAAAAUCGUAAAUUUUCUCUUAAUCACCGCAUAUUGGAUGUAAAUUCUUCACUAAUUAAUUAUCCUACAAAUUAUUAUUCAAACAAAAGAAAAAAAAUUUAUAAUUAUUUUAAAAAAUGGAACGUAACGAAAUCAAAUCCGAAAUAUUUUGAUAGAAACAAAACCUACAAAGUGAUUAAUAAAACUGAAGCAGCUUUUUCUCGACAUAAAAGAUCAAAUGAUAACAGUUUACCAGAGUUAGAUAUAAACGUGAAUACUACUAAUGGCAAAAGUAUCAAAAACCGAAAGUUAAAAAAAGGACCAAAUAAAAUUAAUAAAAAAUCUAAUAAGUCAUCAGUAAAUAAAACUGUAACUGAACAUUCUGACUUAUUGGAUAAAAAUAUCAACGAGUUAACAAGAUUUAAUUUGGGUAAUAAUUCAAAGUUACCUCAAAGUUCAGAAAUAUUUAACGUAACAAGUGAUGAAAAGACGUCAAUUGAUUCAAACUUAUCGAUAUGCGACAGUGAUUGUAUGCAUUAUCGGAAAAGAUUGCAUACAUUGAAUGAACCAACGGAAAGCGUCAAUUCAGAACAGAUAAAUUUUAAAGAAUCCAAUCAAUCAAUUUCGAAUACACUAAAAAUGGUGACACCGGUUGUUGAAUCAGAAGAGGUAAUUAAAACAGAAGCUCAAGAUGACAAAAAAGUUAAUAAAAAGGUACUAAAGCAAGAGAGGAAAAAAAAGGGACAAAAUAAAUAUGCUAAUGGAAAUGGUAAAAAAGGUAAAAAAACUAGUACUACUUCUUCAUCUACAAGUGUUACCACUUAUUUAACCUCAUCAACCAUCAAAAGCAUUACCGCGCCAUCUUCAACUGAAUAUUUUUCAAAUUUUUCUGAUGACAUUAAAAAUACCAGCAAUAUUUCUUCAACACAACCUUCGAUUUUUACUACUACCGUAUGUUCAUGGUGGCUUUUUAAUUGGUUAUGGGGUUGUCCUAUGCCUGAUUUUAUCCCGGUUAUUUCUGAAGAGAAUACAGAAAAAUUUAUUGACGAACCUGAGCUCAGUAGAUCAAACUCAACGGAAAUAAACAAUUGGCCAAUUUAUGGUGAAAAUAAGUCAUCAGAUAUUCCUGAUGAUAAUGAAAUUACUGAUGAAAAUAAUUUAAAUUUUUCUGUAAAAUUAUUAGCAAUGAAAAAAAACGAAUUGAUAGCCGAUGAUAACUUGGAAUUUAAAGUUGUGAUUACAACACAACAACCAGCAUUUGAAGAUAAUUGUCAUGAUAAUCAGCAUUUUUGUGAUCAUAAUAAAUGCAUCAAUGAAGAAAAGAUUUGCAAUAAAAUAUCUGAUUGCUUAGACGGUUCUGAUGAGAACAAUUGUGAUUAUUUCAAUGACUUGACAAAUGAUAUUUCGUCAAGAACAUUGAAAUCUGCAUCGUUUCAAAAUUCAAAAGAAAAAUCUGCAGAUUCUUUAUUAGUAACAAAUAACGAUCAAAGAACACUAUCAUGUGAUAAAAAUAAUCAAUUUCCCUGCAAUGAUAAUACAUGCAUUCCCAUGAAUUUAAUCUGCGAUGGUACCAAUAAUUGUGAUGAUGGAUCAGAUGAAGAUCCAGAGUUGUGCAACUAUUACGAUUACGAAGUAGAUUUGCCAGUCCCUGGACGGGUCACGGAAAGGCCAACAGAAUGUGACACGGGAAGAACUGAGAUGCGAUGUGGAGAUGGGAAAUGCAUUUCUCUCCGUCGCAAGUGCGAUGGUAUUCCCGAUUGUUCAGACAACAGCGACGAACGUGAUUGUGGAAACUGUGCGAUCAAUGAAUGGAGAUGUAAAAGUGGUGAGUGUUUACGCGAACAUCAAAGAUGCGAUGGUCUCAUUCAAUGCCGUGAUGGAUCUGACGAAGCAAAUUGCGUUACCAAAUGUCCGAGUGGAAUGUUUCGAUGCAAUGAUGGAUUAUGCCUCGAUGAAAGACGUCGUUGUGAUGGUCGUCCCCACUGCCGUGAUGGAUCUGACGAAAUAAACUGCCAAAAUGCUUCCUGUCCUGAUGGUCAAUUGCCAUGUGCCAAUGGUGUCUGUAUAUCGAAACAAUUCUUCUGUGAUCGCCACGUGGACUGUCAUGAUGGAAGCGAUGAAACAAAUUGCUCUGGGACUUCACCACGUCCACCUGUAACAGAAUGUAGAAGCAAUGAAUACACUUGUCGCGAUCGGACAUGUAUUCCAUUGUCAGCAGUGUGUGAUGGUCGACCAGAUUGCUCAUACAAUGAAGAUGAACUGGAUUGUCACAGAUGUGCAAGAGGUCAAUAUCAAUGCAUAAAUGGUGACUGCAUUUCCGGAGAGCAGAAAUGCAAUGGAGUCAUCGAUUGUGAUGAUGGUUCAGACGAGGACGGAUGUGAAUCAUCGACGAUGCCAUCUGAACAUCAUCCUCAUCAUCAUUGUCCAGCAGGGCAAUUUACAUGUAUGUCAGACAGAACUUGCGUUCAUAAUUCAGCUCGUUGUAAUGGUAUUCCUGAAUGCAGUGAUGCAUCUGACGAAAAUAACUGUGAAGGCGAAGAUCAAAAAGGUGAAUUGAAUCUGAAGACAUAUCCCAGUGAUCAGAUCAUCAAAGAAAACCCGGUACGGCAAGGCUACGAAGUUGUGUUUCAUUGUCGUGAUGAAGGAUAUCUUCGUGCUGACGUACGAUGGCUACGAGGAAACAACCUGCCUCUUCCGCCUGGUUCUCGCGAUAUCAACGGCCGCCUGGAAAUUCCAAAUAUCCAAGUAGAACAUGCCGGCCCAUACAUUUGCGAAGCCGUAGGAUAUCCUCCAUCUGUGCCAGGGCAGCGUGUUACAGUCCACCUAGAAGUUGAGAAAUUCGAACUAUCAACCUCACGGCCUCCUCAAGUUUGCAAGUACGAUGAAGCAACUUGUAGCAAUGGCGAUUGUAUUUCGAAACUUUUUGUUUGCGACGGUAAAUUCGAUUGUACCGAUGGCUCCGACGAAAUGCGAUGCAACCCACACGGAUGUGAGCCCAAUCAAUUCCGUUGUGCAAACAAACAAUGCGUCAGUAAGAUUUGGCGCUGUGAUGGCGAUAAGGAUUGUGCUGACGGAAGUGACGAGGAAAAUUGCGGUACAUCGCCACCCGGAUCUCCUUGUCAAUACAAUGAAUUCAGGUGUAAUCAAUAUGAUCAAUGUAUUCCAAAGAGUUACCACUGUGAUAUGGAAAGAGAUUGUCAAGAUGGUAGUGACGAAAUCGGUUGCUCGCCAGUAUACAUCACAAAACCACCCAUCCCCAUGGUUGUUCUUGAACCAGGCGAUACCAUGAUUCUGGUAUGCACGGCUAUUGGUGUACCCAUACCAGAAAUUAACUGGCGUUUGAAUUGGGGCCAUAUUCCCGAAAAAUGUAGCUCUGAAUCAACUAAUGGCACUGGUACACUUACGUGUCCCGAUAUUAGCGUAUCUGAUCAGGGAGCAUACUCUUGCGAAGCCAUCAAUAUUGGAGGAUUUGUAUUCGCAGUCCCAGACACAAUUCUCGUCGUUGAAAAAACAUCCCCGGUUUGUAAAAAGGGAACCUUCAACUCCGAAGCAAGACACCCUGAUGAAUGUAUUUCUUGUUUCUGUUUUGGCGUUGCCACUGAAUGUAGAAGCGCAAAUCUAUUUACGUAUCAUCUUCCUCCACCUUUUGACCGACACAAAGUUUUGGCUGUUGAUGUAUCGUCAGCUAGUCCGAGAAUCCGCAGUGAAUUAGGAAGCCAGUCGUUGGAAGUAGUACCCGUCGGUCGAGAUGGCGUGGAAAUAUCGAUUCCUUACUCUAAUGAGUUGAGCUCAUAUGACAUUCCGUACUUCGCCUUACCGGAAGUUUAUCACGGAAGCCAAUUAAAAUCUUAUGGUGGAUAUCUGAGAUACAACAUUCGUUACAGUGGUGACGGAAGAAACAACAGCGCGCCAUCUAUUAUUCUUAAAGGAAAUGGUAAUUUAUUAACGCACAGAGGCCAACAUGUGGUUCAUAAUCAAGAAACAGAAGUAGCUGCUAGGUUUUUCUAUGGCGAGUGGUAUAAAAUAAAGGAUGGAUACGAAAGAUUAGCAACUAGAGAAGAUAUAAUGAUGACUCUUGCCAAUGUUGAGCAAAUUCUUAUUAAAGCUAAAUAUGAUGAUUCACCGCAAUUAGAUAUUUCUAUUACUGAUAUCAUAAUGGACACAGCCGACUCUAGAAAUACUGGUUUAGGAAGUGCUUCCUAUGUUGAAGAAUGCUCGUGUCCAACAGGAUACAGUGGAUACUCUUGUGAAGAUUGCGCUCCUGGUUAUCGCAGACGUAAGAGUGGCUUAUGGCUCGGUGAAUGUACCAGUGAAAAAGACAUGGGAUCAUGUCCUCCUGGUUACUAUGGAGAUCCAGUUCGAAACAUCCCGUGCUUGCAAUGUCCAUGCCCUCUGACAAAUCCUUCCAAUCAAUUCGCUCGUACGUGUAAACUUGGUUCCAAUAAUCGACCGAUCUGUGACUGUCCCCCUGGAUAUACUGGAGAGAGAUGUGAACGUUGUUCUGUCGGUUAUCAUGGAAAUCCAAUAAUUCCAGGUGACAUGUGCGUACGUGAUCAGCAGUGCGAUCCUAACGGAAGCUUAACAACUUCUCUAGACGUUGAUGGAAAAUGUCGAUGCAAGCAAUACGCAACUGGUUUAACUUGCGAUCAAUGCAAGCCAAAUACAUUCAAUCUAGCUUCGAAAAAUCAAUUUGGAUGCAUCAGCUGUUUCUGUAUGGGAAUAACUGACCGAUGCGUUGCUUCUAAUUGGUUCAGAAAUGAAAUUCACGUUUCCUUUACUAAUUCUAUUCGAGAUUUCUCACUUAUUGAGUCACUAAAUCCAAAUGCACCAGCAAUAACUUCGGGAAUUCGUCUUGAUUCAAAUAAACGAGAAAUUAUUUACGACGAUUUUCCUAACCGUGGAAAAGGUGACGUUUAUUACUGGCAACUUCCCAGUAUCUUCUUAGGAGAUCAAGUCACAUCAUACGGCGGUAAUCUGAAGUAUACUGUAAGAUACGUACCCUCUCCCGGCGGGCAAAGUUCAAAGAAUAACGCGGCAGAUGUUGAAUUGAUAAGUUCCAAUAACAUAAAUCUCCUGUACUACUCCAAGGAAUCAAUUGAGCCGAACACUUUGCAGUCAUUUACGGUCCCACUGUUAGAACAGUUUUGGCAACGUGCGGAUGGUAGCCCUGCCAACAGAGAGCAUUUACUGAUGGCAUUAGCCGAUGUCCAGUCAAUAAGAAUAAAAGCCACGUACACUACACACACUGACGAAGCUGCAUUGUCACAUGUGUCAUUGGAUACAGCUGAAAAAUAUAACACAGGAAAAGAACGCGCCGUUGAAGUCGAAGAAUGCAGUUGUCCUGUCGGCUACACAGGACUUUCUUGUGAGGACUGUGCUGUUGGAUAUACUCGUGCCAACGAAGGUCUUUAUCUUGGUAUCUGCGAACCCUGUAACUGCAACGGACACUCGAGUCACUGCGACCCAGAGACAGGAGUCUGUGAAAAUUGCGCGGAUCAUACUACUGGAGAUAACUGUGAAAUUUGCGAGCCUGGUUACGAUGGUGAUGCAACAAUUGGAACUUCCGAAGACUGUCAACGAGGAUAUGGAACACCACCUCCAAGUUGUAACUGCAAUCCAGCUGGUUCUCAAUAUGAUCAAUGUAUUGGCGGGCAGUGUACAUGCAAAUCAAAUGUAGAAGGACCUGAAUGUAAUCGCUGUAAGCCUUCAACCUUCGGACUGUCGUCAGAUAAUCCUAACGGGUGUAACGAAUGUUUCUGCAAUGGUGUUACUGAUCAAUGUUAUGAAAGCUCGUUGUAUGUACAGCAAAUUCCUUCAUGGUUUUAUGAUUCUCAUCAUGGCUUUACACUAACCGAUGCUUCGCGAUCAGACACGAUUGAUGAUGGGUUUGAUAUUAAUGUUACAAGCAAUGAAAUCGGUUAUCAUUACACUCGGGCUAAUCGUAAUCGUAGACUAUUCUGGUCAUUGCCAUCAACUUUCACCGGUAAUAGAGUUAAAAGCUACGGUGGUAAUUUGACAUUGACUCAGAGAUUUAGCGCGUAUCAUGAUUCUAAGCCUCUUAAAGAUCAAGAUGUGAUGCUUGGUGGUAAUGGUAUUACGCUUUAUUGGGUCAAUCCACGAGAACCAUAUCCUAACACAUCAAUGACUUACACGGUGCCAUUAAGAGAAGCUGAAUGGCGAAGAUUAUCAACAGAAGGACCUAAAAGUGCGUCGCGAUCUGACUUGAUGGUUGUACUGUCGAAUCUGGAAACAAUUCUUGUAAGAGCUUCGUACAGUGAAGGAAUGAUCAGCACAUAUAUAAGCGACAUCAGUCUGGACACUGCGGUGGAAAAUCCUACAGGCAAUAGAAGAGCUACUCAGGUUGAAGCUUGUCGAUGUCCUCAAGGAUACACGGGCACGUCUUGCGAGUCAUGUGCUCGGGGUUAUUAUCGCAACUCCACUGACAGAUCGGACAGUAUUCUUGGAUCUUGUAAAUUGUGUCCAUGCAACGAUCAUGAAGAAGGCUGUGAAUUGAGCCGCGGAGGACAAGUCAAGUGUCACUGUUUGUCUGGUUACAAUGGUCAAUACUGUCAAGAUAUUGCCGAUUACCCAACAGCGACAAACCCAACAUACCCACUUUUGAAACCACCAAGAAUUGCUGCAUCAGUUAAAGAAAAUAAAUUCCAAAUAGUACACACAGGAAGUACAGUGAGAUAUCAUUGUUCCGGACGAUCAUCAGAUAAUGCACCUCUUAGUAUCCGAUGGGAAAAAGAAGGUGGAAGAUUACCAGAUCGCAGCUUAGACGAUGCUAAAGGUCUUCUUAUUAUUCGUGAUGUUAAGGUAUCAGAUAGUGGUGUCUACAUUUGUCAAGUGAGCGAUGGUGUCGAUGUUGCCAUUGAAAGAGUCACUCUUACUGUAGGAAGUUCUAGUCCCGUUGAACCAAAAGCCGUAAUACGUCCAGCAUACCAACAAAUAAAAGAAGGAGAGCCCGUAGAAUUCCAUUGCGAAGUAACUGGUAAUCCUGUGCCAGAUGUCAAUUGGAUUCGUGUUCAAGGUAGAAUGAACCCGGAAGCAAUUUUCGAAAAUAAUGUAUGGAGAAUACCAUCAGUGUUAAAGAGCGAUGCAGCUGAAUACAAGUGCAUUGCUAGAAACCAAAUCGGCGUUAGUGAACAAUCGACGAUUCUAUACGUCACUGAUAAUCCUGAUAGACCACCAACAAAUGUUGAUUCUAAUAAAGGACCUCUUAUAACACCCAACGAAUGGAUGGGAUCCAGUGGUGACGUCAUUCGUAUGGUGUGUACUCGAUCUAAUCUCCACGCGAAUGUCAGCUGGACCCGAUCCUCAGGACUUCCUCUCCCAGCAUCAGCAAGUCAACGCGAUGGUGUUUUGACUAUCGAUAAUCCCGAACCAAAAGACUCUGGUAUUUAUGUCUGCAUUGCAACCAGUUAUCAAGGAACUCAAACAAGUACUAGUGCGCAGGUGUCAAUACACUCAAAGAAAACUCGACCAAAGGCAAGAGUUGAACCUGAACGGCAGACUGUAUCGCAAGGAACAAUCGCUGAAGUUAAAUGUCAUAUUGAUGAUCGCGAUCCUAGUUUGAAAGUUACGUGGGUCAAAUACGGAGAGCCACUCGGUGCUAAUGCUCAGCAGUACGGCAAUACAUUGAAAAUCGUCAGAGCCCAGGUGUCCGACAGAGGAGUUUAUAUUUGUCGAGCCACAAAUGGUCUUGAUACAUUCGAAGCCAGCGCUAUGAUUGAAGUCGAACCACGUGAAAUUCCUGUUCUCGAACUUUAUCCAAGAAAUGUUCAGACGGUGGUCGUUGGUGGAUCUGCGGACAUGCAAUGCCGAGUGAUUGCUGGUUAUCCUGUACCAGAAAUUCGUUGGUCUCGUCAAGACAACCGGCCUCUUGGUCGAAACGUCGAACAACUUUCAGGUGGUUUGUUACGAUUUACAAACAUAACUGUGAAUGACGAUGGUAUGUAUGUGUGCACUGCAUCAAAUCAAGUUGGUUCAACGUCAGCUACUGCGCGGAUUGAAGUACAAUCUCCGCCUGUCAUCACAAUCACGCCAAGUGGUGGAAUCAUUCAAGCAAAACUUCGUGACCGAUUGAAAUUGACUUGUCAUGCGGAGGGAAUUCCACAGCCAACUGUUGCUUGGACUAAACACAGCCCAGCUUACCAAUUAUUUACGCCACUUAGAUCAUCACCGGCGACACCUCUUUCCGCUGUUCUUGAUAUCAGAUCAAUGUCACUGGAUGAUGAGGGAUCGUACACUUGUCAAGCUACAAAUGCUGCAGGUAUUAGUGAGGAAAGAAUCCAAGUUCGUGUUGAUGAUGAUUAUAAUGAUGUUGACGUGAACCAACCGUGUCGGGGUGAUACCCCUUGUCCGCCUAAUCACAAUCGUCCUGGAUCCGGCUCUCAGACAUUACCUCCGAGAAAACCAAAUGAAGGGAUACGGAUUCCUGAUGAUUUUAUGAGAAUACCUAGUGGGGGAACGGUGGAAAUGCGGUGUCAAGCAAUUGGUCCUGAUGACUCGCGUAUUUAUUUGGACUGGAAGAAAAGCGAUCGACAGCCUCUUCCUCCUGGCAGUUCUGUCCAUAAUGGCAUUUUAAUUAUUCCUGAUGUUACUAAAGAAGCUGCUGGAGAAUACAUAUGUCUAGGAUUAAAUCAUCUAGGGGUUGAAUUAUUUAGAGCUAAAUCUCAUUUGGAAAUUAUAUCUCCACCAAGAAUUGAAUUGAAUCCAAAUCGACAAGUAGUAGCACCUGGUGAAAGCCCAUCUAUUGUCUGUACUGCGACUGGAGAUCAGCCAUUAAAAAUAGAGUGGGCUGCAAUCGGUCGAUCCUUGCCGCGCACAGUAACUCAUCAUCAAGGCUUACUUCAAUUCCAUGGAAUCAUGUAUGAAGAUGCUGGAAAAUAUGUGUGUAAAGCAACUAAUGAUGCUGGUGCUGCUGAAGCUGUAGCUGAAGUGUUGGUUAAUGAAAAUACUUAUGAUGAUGUUGGAGUGCGUGCUGUUGAGCGAGAUGUAAAUACUCAAGCGGGAAAUUCAGUGCGAUUGCGAUGUGAAACAAGAGACCAAGUAUCGAUACAGUGGACAAAGGAUGGACAACAACUGCCACCUAAUGCACGAGUCAGAGACAAUUAUUUAGAAUUAAUGAGAGUCAGACCUGAAGAUAGUGGCCGUUACAUCUGUCAAAUUCGUAAUGCUCAAAGAUUUUCGAGUGAUUACGUAAAUCUUCAUGUUUCACAACCUGCUGGUCCUAUUGUUCACAUUGAACCAUCUGCUGACAUCAUUAAUGUUGGAGAUUCAUUUGAACUGCGGUGUGUAUUCUCUUCACGGCAUUCUAGUCGUCCGCGGUAUCAAUGGUUCAGAGCUGAUCGUGACCCACUGCCAUCUUCCGCACAAGUUUAUGAAGAUAAUUUGAGAAUUAGUGAUGUACAAAUGCGCGACAGUGGUGUUUACAAAUGCCGAGUUGAUUCAUCUGAAGGAGCAUUUGAACAAGAAUAUAAUCUUGUUGUUCAGGGUGGGGAAAAUGAUGAACCAGCAAUCGAAGUAAAAAAUGUGCCGUAUGGUUCGAGUAUCGAAAUGGAAUGUCGGGUCACUUUAGAUAAACCGAUAACGUACAAGUGGAGUAAACUCGGUGGUUCUCUCCCAAUGUCGACAAUAAAUGACAAUAAAAUUCAAUUAAUUAAAGUACGAGCUGAGGACGCAGGAACGUAUAUAUGUAACGCAUCAAAUAAUUUGGUGAGCACAGAAGUUCCAAAAGUUCUGGUAGUAACGGGAGUUGUGCCGAGGUUCAAUCAGGCGCCACGAAGUUACAUAGCCCUACCAACGUUACCAGAUUCGUAUCUUAAAUUCAACAUUGAAGUGUCUUUCAAACCUGAAAAUCCCGAUGGAUUAAUUCUCUACAAUGCCGAGUCUCCUGAUGGUACCGGAGAUAUGAUUUAUUUAUCACUGGCCAGUGGAUAUCCAGAAUUCAGAUUUGAUCUCGGCUCUGGCACGACAACAAUUCGGUCAAAUAAAUCUUUAUCUUUGGGAGACUGGCAUACAAUCAAAGUACAUCGUAAUAGAAAAGACAGUCUUUUACUGGUUGAUGGCGAAGGUCCUUACAAGGCAGCGGCUGCAGGAAGAAAACAAGGACUUGAUUUGAAGGAACCGCUUUAUAUAGGUGGAGUGCCUGACUCAAUUAUCAUCAACGAACGAAUGGGAACGAAUCAUGUUGGUUUUGUCGGAUGUAUAUCUCGAGUUGUUGUCAAUGAAAAACCACUUGAUAUUAUUGGAGAUGAAAUUGAUAGCGUUGGUGUGUCAACCUGCGAAACUUGUACCGAAAAUCCUUGUCAUAACUUUGGUGUCUGUCAAGAAGCUCCUACUAAACAUGGCUACAUUUGUCUCUGUCGUACAGGAUAUAAUGGGCAACUUUGUGAUAACGUUGGAGAAUCUUGUUAUCCAGGUCUUUGCGGUAAAGGAAACUGCAUUGAAACAGAAUCUGGAUAUGAAUGUUACUGUCCUCACGGUACUUCUGGACAGCAUUGUGAGCACUCUAGUGAAAUUCACCAGCCAUCACUUCGUAAUGACCAUUCGUUUUUAGCGUAUCAAACACCUAAAGCUGUAAGACGGCCGGAUAAGAGAAAUACUAUUAAAGAGAAACGAUCGCACGGUCGGUCAUACUUGGCAAACCUUAAAAAAUCACGUUCGAGGCAUUCACAUACAAAAUCUGAUGAGCUCAGCGUAUAAAUGUUUUUAAAAAAAAAAUCAUUGCAUUUUAUUAAGUGAAUCAUGUUCUUGAUAAAUGCCAGAUUUAUUAUUCGUCUGCUUUUUUAACUGCCAUAAGAUCAUAAAUAUAAAUAUAUUAUUACCGUGGUGCUAUUAUAUAUUAUAUACAAUAUAAUUGCGUUUUACGAAUUAAUAAAUUAUAUUAGAGCCUUUGUACAGCUUUCAAUCGUUAUAAUUCUUAAUAAUCAAUGCCUUAAGUCAUUUACAAUAAUUAAUUAAAAAGAAUAUACUAUUUCGUUGAGUCACUGCCGAACGCAUUAAUUAUUAUAGUUUUUUGUUAAAGCUUAUGGUUAUACUAUAUCAAAAUAUAAACAUUACUCAUUAACUUCGUAAUAAGUGUAUAAACAGACAAAAAAGGAUGAAAAAUUUUAUAUUAUACUAUUUUAUUUGUACUUAUUAUUUUAUGCAUAAAAUUUAAAUGAUAUUAUGAAUGUUUUGCUACCUAAAAAUAGACAUUAUGUUAAUUAUAAGCCAAUAAAGUUUGACAUUAUA